AUGCCUCAGAAAAUUGCCUUUGCGCAGGACGUUCAGCUCCGUCCCAGAGCUCGGUCCGAGCCGCUCAACCAGCGCUCCCCGACCCCAUUUCCCGGCGAGAGACCUAGUAGCGCCACAACCACGAGCUCGAACAAGAUGUUUUCGUUCCGCGAUGGCCGCGGCCGUAACCACUCUGGCGCCAGCGAAACCAGCCGUGGCACUUCGAUUUUCACGUCGAUAUCCGGCCAUUCGUCAUCGCAAUCUUCUGGUCGCCUUAAGAGAGCGUGGGACAAGGUUCUUAGUCGCUUGGGCUCGGGUUCGAAAACCCCCUGA